CGCGCCACCAGAAUACGAAAAUGAAUUUCAGCGGGUGUUUGUUGAAGUUGGAGGAGAGAGUUAUAAUAUAAAAACCCUCUGCCUCUGUUCCCGCUUCUGCAAAAACAAUGGCUUUGGCACUGGAAAUGGAGGAGAACUGCAAUCCCAAUUCGGGUUGCCAAGCAUUCUCCGUUUCUAUCUAUCAACAUAGUCAUACCACCCACAAUGCAAAUGCACCCAACUGCACUGUUCCAAAUUCACCCAAGGAUUUUGAGAGCUCUUCAUCUCUCUCAGAGUCUUCAGAGGGCAAUGAGAGCACUAGUAGUGGGAAAAGGGUGCGGAGGAGAUGGGUGUUUCCUGCCCAAUAUCAAUGCAGCAGUUGUGGAAGUACAGAGGCGUCCAGGAAGGGAGUUUGGAAAAAGUUGAAUUCCCAUGAAAGAGCAGAGAAAGCUGACAAGCGAGUUGUGAAAUUGACAAGCGUAAAGCCAUUUGAGCUCAAGACACAGCAAAGGGGUCAGUUGAAGGAGCAAGAGUUUAUGAAAAAACUAAACAAGAUGCUUGCUCAAGAAGAGAAAUGUCGUAUCCCAAUUGCACAAGACUUGCCAUUGACCACAGAUGAACCACAGAUUUUGCUAAAGCCAGCAACAAGAGGAAACACAAGGCCAUUAGAUGUAAAGCUUUAUAGUGAGACAAGAGCAACUUCACGAGCUAAAUUUGAUCAAAUGAUUGCAGAAAGACAAUAUUAUCUAGAACAACAAAGGCUAGAAGAAGAGAGGAUACAAAAGGCACUUGAAAUGGAAGAAAUUAAGAGAAUGAGGCAAGAAAUGAUUCCUCGAGCUCAAAUGAUGCCUUUCUUUGAUCAACCAUUUGUCCCACAAAGGUCCACAAAGCCUCUCACACUUCCAAAGGAGCCAAACUUUCACACAACUUAUACCAAAAGGGCUGACUGGGGCUUAUGCAUGUGAAAUACUAUAGGGUGUGGCAUAGAAUGACAAAUCAUUAUAUAUGUUGGAUAAGAAUGUAACUCCAAAUAGCUUUGAUGCUAAUUUUAGAGGCACGUGUAUCUAAAUGAAAUGAGUCUAAUAGGGAUUUAGUGUGAUAUUGCCAUCCAUUCAAAGGACAAAAAAGAUAUAUAUUAUAAUAUCUCCCACAUUUUAUGUAUAAAUAAGUAAUGUGGGGGUGCAUAAGAAUUGAUUAUGGUUGUGUCAUAAUGUAAUUUUGUGAAAUAUUAUAUCAUUUUGAGGAUACAACCAAUGGCUGGUCAAGCA